AUGGCCUACCAUGGAGGCUAUGGAGGAGGUGGAGGUCAGCGACCGUAUGCUGGUCCAGCGGCACGCCGUCCUGCACCCCAGGGAGGAUAUAAGGAAGCUCCCCCACAGCAGCAAUUCGGCGGUCGACAAGCUUAUAAUGAUUAUCAAAAUGGAUAUGCCUACGACGGCCAGGGAGGAGGCUACAUAGACGAUGGAGCUCAACGACAUCAAGACAAUUAUGUGCCUGGCCCGGGAAGAGGAGGUCCAAUGCCUCUGUUUGCAAAGGAAGGUGGCCCUAUACCUCGUCCUGGAACUGCUGAUGGCACCCGGAGAGGUCAAUAUUCACAGGGUAGAGGCAUGGGACCAGGACCUGGUCGCGGCAUGCCACCACGAGGUGGUCCUCCUGGAGGGCGACCUGGUCAAUAUCCCCAAGGAGAUUAUGGCGGCCGAAGACCGCCCCCGAAUCAUCCAGCGGCCGGAUAUAAUGGCUAUGACCAGGAACGACAGCUGGCUGGCCAAAUGUCAGCUAUGGAUUUGAAUGGACAACGGUCAAGAGCCGAUGGGAGAUCGAGCUAUGAAACAGCACGAAGUCAAGACCAGGGCUAUGGGGUUCCGCAACAAGGCCUGCCUGCUGGACAGGCUGGUGGUAAUUUUGGCCAUUAUGAUGAUUCAUACGGUGGUGUGCCGCAGCGACACGCAGGACACGAAUUCAGCCCUCCAGGCAGGAGCAUGACGAUGCCAGUAAACGAUUUUGGUUCCUCACAAAAUAUGCCCGCACCGCGACGAGUAGGUACAACACCUUUCAAUGGAGUUUCCGGAGCAGGAAGCGUGCCAGCAAGACCUGCAACAGCCGGCGGCCAUCGCCCUCCUCCACAAAGGAUUUACCCAGCAGAUCGUCAGGCGCCGGCCGCGGACCCUUAUGGUGGUGGCGCAUACAAUGACGACCGAGGGGCAUACGGCGGCGCUGCAGCACCAACAGGACAGGCUGUUCGCCCGGGUCCGUCAUCGUCUGUUGACGAUUUGUACGAUUCAUAUUACGACGGGCCCCAAGCCAGCGGUUCCGAUCCGCGGAAUCAGUACGGAUCUCAGCCGGCCAGGUCUAGUUACCCCGAUUUCGAGUCUGCACCUGCCGACCCAGGCCGUGGAUCCUUCGACCAGUCAAUGCGUCCCGCGACGGAGCAGACGCAGCCCGGUGCGCACGGUAUGCCGAGACUUCAUCACGCAAAGUCCGAGGCCAAUUUUCACGAACCACAAGCUGCGGUCUUUGAGAUGGCUGGUGAUAUACCUUCCGUGCCCCCUAUGCCACAAGUGAAGCCCUACCAGCCGGGAUUCGGCCAGGGAUAUGGUGCACCGCCCGCUGGAUACGACCAGUUGCCUCCCCGAGGACCCAGUGCGCCUCCGGGUCCCAUUCAAGAAGUGAGGGCCGGGGGUGCCAUGGGGAUGGCCAGGCAUGGCGCAACGCCGUCGACGCAAACGAAUGCCGAUAGCCUUCCUUCACAUCCUACGCCGGUUCGUCCAGGGUUGAUGGCUAACUCCGUGGUGAAUAUGAAUAACCGACCUCCCCCUGUUCGAAACUACGGCGGUGUACAGCAGCAGCAGCAACCGCCCCAACAAUACAAUCAAUCCCUACCGCCUCAGCAACAGCAACAAGAGGCCGGGCAUGUUGGAGGUGGAUAUCCCGCUUCUGUGGAAGCAGGACAGUUUCAGGAGCCAGUGACGCCGCAGGAGCUCGAACGUCUGCGAAUGGUUAUUAAGGUAAACGCAAACGACCAGGAAUCAGCUCUGCGUCUAGCGAAACGCCUCAUUCAAGCUGCCGAUGUGCUGGCUCCCAAGCUGCCUGACCCUAAGCAGCGGAUGAAGGCCCGUGAGAGAUACCUCAUGGACUCGCACAAGGUUCUCAAAAAGCUUUCCAACGCACAAAACUCAGAAGCCAUGUUUGUUUUGGCUGAUAGCCUCGGAAAGGGUCUGUUCGGCCAUGAGCCAGAUAACAAGGAAGCCUUUACUCUGUAUCAGUCAGCGGCCAAAAUAGGACAUGCUGCUGCUGCGUACCGAACCGCGGUGUGUUGUGAGAUUGGUCAUGAAGAUGGGGGUGGCACGCGCAAAGACCCUCUCAAGGCGAUGCAGUGGUACAAGCGCGCAGCGACGCUUGGCGACCCCCCAGCCAUGUACAAGGUAGGUAUGAUUCUCCUCAAGGGACUGUUGGGUCAGCCUAGAAAUCCGCGCGAGGCUGUAGGCUGGUUGAAGCGUGCUGCAGAGAGGGCGGAUGCCGAGAAUCCGCAUGCGCUCCAUGAGCUCGGACUGCUCUACGAAUCGGCGCAACCUAAUGACGCCAUUGUCCGAGACGAAGGCUACGCCCUGAGCCUGUUCCAGCAGGCCGCAGAUUUAGGCUACAAGUACUCACAGUAUCGGCUUGGCUGUGCGUUUGAACAUGGGGCUCUUGGCUGCCCAAUUGACUCGAGGCAAUCUAUCUAUUGGUAUUCGCAGGCAGCUCAGCAGGAAGAACAUCAGUCUGAGCUCGCGCUUAGUGGAUGGUACCUGACGGGAAGCCCGGGAGUUCUGAACCAGAGCGACACAGAGGCGUACCUCUGGGCAAGAAAAGCGGCUGUGGCCGGCCUGGCAAAGGCUGAAUACGCGAUGGGAUACUUUACAGAAGUUGGGAUUGGCGUCCCUGCCAACUUGGAAGAUGCAAAACGAUGGUAUUGGAGAGCUGCUGCCCAAGACUUCCCCAAAGCGAGAGAUCGUCUUGAAGACCUCAAACGUGCAGGCAAGGGCGGACCUUUUAGACCUCGGGAACGACUUUCACGCAGUAGAAUUGAGAAAGAACGACAAGACGGGGAAUGUACGGUAAUGUGA